AGUACGCGCAGUGAGGGCCAGCCAUGGCACCUGUGCUGGCUGGGUUGUGCGCCUUGGUGCUGCUGCUGGUGCAAGGCACCAGGGGAGGAGGAGCAGGGGGUACUUUGUACCCCCCGAUUAUGAGCCCAGAGAUAGGGAUACACACGGGGCCCGCAGCAGGAGGGUGCAUUCACAGGGACCCCGAGUCUGACUCUGCCUGGGACAUGGAGGACUGCGAUUCUGCAUUUUUUACCUUCCGUGAGCUAGACUGUGAGCCGAGAGGAUCUCCAGCCUGUGAAUCUAUCAUAUCGCUGAAUACAGAAAAGAUUUUGAGCCAAGCAAAGACUCUGGCUGAACAGAGGAGGCUUCCCUUUAUCACAGAGGAUGAUGACACAAAUGAGGAGCUGGCUAUUGGGUACGUGUUAAUAGGCAAUGGCCUCCACGAUGAAGCAAUCAAACAUUUUACAUCCCUGCUUCAGGAGGAUGGUGAUCUUGUAAGUGCUAUUUAUGGCCGUGGAAUAGCUUAUGGAAAGAAAGGACUCCAUGACAUAAAGAACGCGGAGCUUGCCUUGUUUGAGCUCAGCCGAGUAAUUAGCUUGGAACCUGAUCACCCAGAAGUAUUUGAACAAAGGGCCGAAAUAUUGUCUCCCUUGGGUCGGAUCAGUGAAGCAUUAAGCGAUCUCACCAGAGCUAUUCGAUUACAACCAUCAGCCAGGCUUUACAGGCACAGAGGUACUCUCCACUUUAUAUCAGAGGACUACGUGGCAGCACACGAAGACUUCCAACGUUCACUUGAGUUAAACCAAAACCAGCCAAUUGCCGUUUUAUACAAAGGUUUGACGUUCUUCCACAGAGGUCUGCUGAAGGAAGCCAUUGAAUCGUUUAAGGAAGCACUGAAACAAAAAUCUAACUUCAUUGAAGCCUAUAAGAGCCUCGGUCAGGCAUACAGAGAGCUUGGGAACUUUGAAGCAGCAAUGGAGAACUUCCAGAAAGCCCUAAUGCUAAAUCAGAACCACGUGCAGACUCUUCAGCUGAGAGGCAUAAUGCUUUACCACCACGGAAGCCUGCAAGAGGCAUUAACCAACUUUAAGAGAUGUCUCCAGCUGGAGCCGUACAAUGAAGUGUGCCAGUAUAUGAAAGGCCUUAGUCACGUCUCCAUGGGCCAUUUUUACGAAGGAAUAAAAGCUCAGACUAAAGUCAUGUUAAAUGACCCUCUCCCUGGUCAGAAGGCAAGCCCAGAGUAUUUAAAAGUGAAAUACUUGAGAGAAUAUUCACGGUAUCUGCAUGCGCACCUUGACACCCCAGUUACAGAAUAUAAUAUUGAUGCUGACCUGCCUGGAAACUUUAAGGACCACUGGGCCAAAAAUCUGCCUUUCUUAAUAGAUGAUUAUGAGGAGCAGCCAGGACUACAGCCUCACAUAAAGGAUGUACUGCCUCAGAAUUUUGAAAGCUACAAGCCAGGGGUACAGGAACUGGUGUGCGUAGCGGACCGUCUUGGGUCUCUGAUGCAAUAUGAAACCUCAGGAUUCCUACCAAACAAGAGGAUUCAUAGAGCGAUGGGUUUGGCAGCCCUGGAGGUCAUGCAGUCUGUGUUUAAGACCUGGACCAAUUCAAAAGUGCGAGUUAAUGGGAAAACCAGACUGAUGCAGUGGCGCGAUGUGUUCGACAUUGCCGUUAAAUGGAGAAGGAUUGCUGAUCCAGAUCAGCCCGUGUUGUGGUUGGAUCAGAUGCCCACUCAAAGUCUUAUCAGGGGAUUCAACAACCACAUCAACUUAAUCAGGGGCCAGGUCAUUAACAUGAGAUACCUGGAAUACUUUGAGAAGAUUUUAAGCUUUAUAAAGGACCGGAUCCUUGUAUAUCACAGUGCCAAUAAUCCAAGAGGACUUCUGGAAGUUAAGGAAGCUCUAGAGAAGGUCAACAAAGUAGAAGAUCUCUUACCAAUAAUGAAGCAGUUUAACAGCAAAACAAGAGAUGGGUUUACAGUGAACACAAAAGUCCCCAGCCUCAAAGAUCAAGGGAAAGAAUAUGAUGGAUUCACAAUUACUAUAACAGGAGAUAAAGUUGGCAACAUACUGUUCUCAGUAGAGACUCAAACAACAGAGGAUAGAACACAAUUGUACCAUGCAGAGAUUGAAGUUCUUUAUAAGGAUCUUACUGCCAAAGGAAAAGUGUUGGCUCUGUCUACCGAGCUUGGAGAGGCAGAUGCUGUAUGCGAACUGAUUAUGUCGCUGGUCUAUUACUUCUACAAUUUAAUGCCCCUCUCACGGGGAUCCAGUGUCGUAGCAUACUCUGUAAUUAUGGGUGCUUUGAUGGCUGGCGGAAAAGAGGUGACCGGGAAAAUUCCUAAAGGAAAGCUUGUUGAUUUCGAGGCAAUGACAGCACCAGGAGCAGAGGCAUUUACUAGAACUGCCAAAAGCUGGAUGAAUCUUAAAAGUUUGCCUUCUUCGUAUAAGAACCUUCCUUCGGUAUCCGAAACCUUUCCAACUCUGAGAACAAUGAUUGAAGUACUGAACACAGACUCCUCUUCUCACUGCCUCAAGACAUUUUGAUGACGUCUAUUUAUACAAGCGACUGGCAGGGACCUUUUGCUUAUUAAGUUAUUUUUAUUUUUUUUUUCAAAAAAAUGUGCAAUUGUGAACAAAUCAGAUCCUUUACCACUUUUGAUACAAUUUUUUUUUUUAAAUGAAAACUUGAACUGUUAUCAGAGGUUUUAUUUUUUUAUGGACCAAUUAAAGUAGAGCCGGCCCAAAUUAUAUUUUGGAAGUUACUAAUGUGAAAUCAGUUUUAAAAAAGCUAUAUAUCAGCCUCUGGUAGAUUGUUGGUUUUGAAAAAAAUCUUUGAAUUUUAUUUUAUGUUCAGUCUUUUAAUGUUUUUAUUAUUUUUUAAAUCUGUAUUUUUGGUGGAGGGUGUGAAAGUUUUUAAAAAUGAACAAUUAACGUGCAUGUUUACAAUUGAGCAAACUUGAUCAAAAGUAUAAAGUAUGUAGAGGGACAAGUGCCGUUCUGUGUUACUAGCCCACUCUGAGAUGUAAACUUGACAAGUAGGAUUUGCUGAGGCUCUAAAGUCAAGGUGAAAAGGUUUUUCCAGUGCUGUAUUUAUAGAUAUGAUUGCAAAAGUCACUCCUCACGCCAGUGUUUAGGGUAAAUAAGUCUCGGAAUUUCUGAGACCACGAUGUAAAUGGAAUUAAAGAGGAACUGUCAGAUCUGAAAUGAAAUCACCAUUGAAUCCUGUAUUAAAACAAGACAUUGAUCACUUGUUUUUAUUAUUGCUUAAUGUUCCGUUUUUUAAAUAACUUAUAUUUUCCAGCUGGCAUCAUAUGCUGACUUUGCCAUAGUAAAUUAACCCUUAUUCCCGUGAUCCCCUGUUAGAAAAAGUGGACUCCUAACCACAACAGACCUGAACUUGAAGACUGUUUAUAACCUGGCAGUUUUUACCAGUAUUUUAUGCAAGUCAACAGUUUAAAUUUACAAUGGCAGCUCCAACAUACAGCACAACAGAAAUAUUUUUUUAUGUUAUUUCUCCUGGUUUUACUUAAAUAAAAAAAUAAUAAUAAUCAAUUGCAUAUUCAA